UGUGACCUCACCCUCUCCAGUGCUCCCUUCUCAGUGCCAGCUAUGAACUCCUGCAACUUCACACACUCUACCUUUGUGCUUAUUGGUAUCCCAGGACUAGAAGAAGCCCAUUUCUGGAUUGCCUUUCCCUUGCUUUCAAUGUAUGCUGUGGCAGUAUUUGGAAACUGCAUCGUGGUCUUCAUUGUAAGAACAGAGCGCAGCCUGCACGCUCCCAUGUACCUCUUUCUCUGCAUGCUGGCAGCCAUUGACCUGGCCUUGUCUACAUCCACCAUGCCUAAGAUCCUCGCUCUCUUCUGGUUUGACUCCCGGGAGAUUACCUUUGAUGCCUGCAUUGCCCAGAUGUUCUUUAUUCAUGCUCUCUCAGCCAUUGAGUCCACCAUCCUGCUGGCCAUGGCCUUUGACCGUUAUAUAGCCAUCUGCCAUCCAUUGCGCCAUGCUGCAGUGCUCAACAAUACAGUAACAGCGCAGAUUGGUAUGGUGGCUGUGGUCCGUGGAUCCCUCUUCUUUAUCCCACUGCCUCUGCUCAUCAAGCGGCUGGUCUUCUGCCACUCCAAUGUGCUCUCACACUCCUAUUGUGUGCACCAGGAUGUGAUGAAGUUGGCCUAUGCAGACACGUUGCCCAAUGUGGUCUAUGGUCUUACUGCCAUUCUGCUGGUCAUGGGUGUGGAUGUCCUGUUCAUCUCCUUGUCCUAUUUUCUGAUAAUACGAACAGUUCUACAAUUGCCUUCCAAGUCAGAGCGCGCCAAGGCCUUUGGAACCUGUGUGUCACACAUCGGUGUAGUACUGGCCUUCUAUGUGCCUCUCAUUGGCCUCUCAGUGGUGCACCGCUUUGGAAACAGCCUUGAUCCCAUUGUGCAUGUUCUCAUGGGUGACGUCUAUCUACUGCUGCCUCCUGUGAUCAAUCCCAUCAUCUAUGGGGCCAAGACCAAACAGAUCAGAACUCGGGUGCUAGCAAUGUUCAAGAUGAGCUGUGACAAGGACCUUCAGACUGUGGGAGGCAGGUGA